AUGGGUUCCUCUGAUCUCAACUUGAAAAAGUCAUGGCAUCCCUCCACAUUCAAGAAUCAAGAAAGAGUAUGGAAGGAGGAGCAAAAGCGUAAGGAAGAAGACAAGAGAAUUGCUGAAAUGAAAAAGGAGCUGGCCGAGGAAAGACAGCUUCAAGAUUUGCAGCGUAUGCAAGAAGAUGCUGGCACAAAAAAGCGAUCCAACAAGCUGGACUGGAUGUACGCCUCGCCUAAUGCCAAUCUGAAUGGAUCUGCUGAAAACAACAUGGAAGAGUUUUUGUUGGGAAAGAAGAAUGUGGACGAACUGCUGCGUGCAAAGCAAAGACAAGAAAUUCAAGCAGCUACAGAAGCAGAGGAAAACAGAUUCACUUUGUCCAACUCAAAUGCCAACAACGAGCGUGAUAUUCAGGCAAAGAUUAGAGAAGAUCCAUUGCUGAUGAUCAAGAAACGUGAGCAAAUGGCACUCAAAGCCAUUGUAGAGAACCCAUUAAAACUAAAGGAACUGAAAAAGAAGGAGAAAAAGGACAAGAAAAAGAAGAGCAGCAGCAGCAGCUCAGACCACAAACAUCGCCAUCACCAUCAUAGUAGUCAUAGAGAAGAGGAUCGCAGUAGCAAACAUGACGAGUUCAGCAGCAGUAGGAGUAGCCGACGAGGUAGAUAUUCCAGAGAUGAAAGAUCCAGCAGAGACGAUCGCAGAGACAGAAGCCGAGAGAGAAGCAGUCGACGAAGAAGUGCCUCACCUCGCCGUAGCAGAUAA